UGGCGAAUAAACGUCUGAGAACCACAAAUCAAACCCCUAAAAGGCAGAUGAGUUCCUACUUUUUAAACUCCUUCUCAGGUCGCUAUCAAAAUGGCCACGAUUAUCAGUUGCAGAGUUAUGGAAAUGCUGCUUCUGUGGGCGAGCAUUUUAGGGAGUCGUCAAUGCUCCCCACCAGGUAUGGCUAUGAUUGCACCGGGAUAGACCUCAGCGUGACUCGCUCUAACUCAAAUCUGUGUGGAAACAGUGAAAGGUCUACCAAUUACCUGCAAACAUCCAGUAACACCUUCCAUAGCUCAUCUGGGGUGAAAAUUAAGUCUCCUGAUCCUGCUUUCUGCUCGGCAUCUUUAAUAAGCCCAUCAGACAGUGCUAUUAAGACGGGGGCUGCGAUCAGAGAGUCCAGUCAGUCCUACAGCGGUAACCAGAACACUUCGCCGGUUAACGAUGAACAUCCUAAGGGGACGAACAGCCCCAAACUGGAAAAUGGGCAACUAGACAAAGAUCCAGCCCUGCAGAUGCAGAUAUACCCAUGGAUGAAAAAGAUGCACCUUAACCAAGAAGGCUUAAGUGGACUAGAAGGAAAACGAACGAGGACGGCAUAUACUCGCUACCAGACCCUGGAGCUGGAGAAAGAAUUUCAUUAUAACAGAUACCUUACACGACGCCGGCGGAUAGAAAUCGCUCACGCCCUGUGCCUGACUGAAAGACAAAUUAAAAUCUGGUUCCAAAACCGAAGAAUGAAAUGGAAAAAGGACAAUAAAUUGAAAAGUAUAAAUGUCAGCCCUCCAGGAGGAGGGUUUCAGCCAUAGCUUGUUUCAUCUAACUGGCUAUAUAAUAUUGCUAUCCAGAUGAUUUUUUUAAGUUGCAAUAGGAAAUGUUGCUUGGCUACAUUAAAUGCUUCUCUAUGAGAUACAAUACGUUGUUCUCAUGUGGGUUCAUUUAUAAAGAAAAGAGUACAAUUUAUCAGUUGUCAUCAACAUAUGUUAAAUCAUGUUUUUAUAUAUUGAUGAUAACAUCCAUGCCUAAAUUUAGAUCGUAAGAGAGUAAAAAAGAGGUCAACCGACGUAAGGUAGCCGAGCAAGCCAUUUAUCUCGGAGAACAGAAUGGAAUUGUGCUGUAUAUCUGGUUGCUGAACAAACUAAUUCUAUACCGGAUUAUAGCUUCGCUAAGACUCUAAUUUAAAAAUGUUUUAUAAACAUAGAUACAUAUUGUCUCUUUCAUCUCUUUUUACUUCAAAAGUGAUUUUUUUUUGUUUGCUUAUCCUUUGGAAUGUUUAUGGCACGAGUGUCACCGUGCUGUAUCUUGUGAUGUAUAUUCUGUACAUAUAUAAUGUUUAAAUGUCUGGCUUUGUCCUAUGUACAUGAAAGAAAUGGUGUUUUUUGCCGACAGCGUUGAAAUAAAUUCAGUUUUAUCAAUAAA